AACCACCACAAACGCCACCGAAUCCAUCUUUUGCCGAGGAUAGAAUACACACCUCUACCCCUUACGAGGUUGGUGCCGAGGUAACUUCCGAUGUACCGGCAGCUCCAACUACAAAAGACGAAAAGAAAGAAAAGAAGAAAAGCAAGAGCACGGUAUCGAAAAUCUACGAACGGCUCACGUUCCGAUCCUCGAAGAAGAUCCAGGUCGAAGUAAUGGCAGCCGUCGGCGGUGACGAUGAUAAUGAUGCCUCGGCCAAGGUAGUACUGCGCGAGCAGGAUUCGGAAGGGGAAGCGCACCCAUCGAGCACGUUGACGGAAUCGCGAAAAUCCUUCGUUUCUUCACUUGAAAUUCCAACGAUAAUGGUGGAAGAGGAAGACCAAGCGACGGUGGCCAGCGACCGCGAACCAUCGUCACCGGAUCAACCGGGACCGGUGGACACUUCGGAGCAAAAGAUUCUCGAAGCGAUCAGCACGGUGAGCCAAAGGAUCGAGAAUCUUUCGAAAAGUUUCAACGAUCUUUCACUGACGGAAGGUGAAUUAGCGGGCCGGGAAUCGGUGAGUUCGGCCACGGAUGAGACAACUCGGUUGCUUAGCGAGGUUCGCCCGAACCCAUCGUUUCUGUUCCGAGAAACUGGCGGCAACAAAGCUGCCCCGCUCAGUCAGCGGAAUCUCGUGGAAGCGGUCAAUACGGUUGUCAUCAACAAAUCCGUCUCGAUGGAUGAUCAUCAGUUCCCGUGCUUCCGCGGGGCCACCAGUAGGUUGAGCUGGAACGAGCGCACAGCAACGCAGCGAGCCAACCAGGACCAGGAUUCUGACUAUGAGCCCGUCACGAAGCCGGCCUACGAGCGUACGGCGGCGAGUGGCGUACGAGGAAUGACCACCAUUAGCCCCGCCAGUGCGAUCGAUUUGACCGAGCUAACGUCAAAGAUCGAAUCGUUCGUUCACAAAUCGAAGCGUGAAUCCGAGAACCUCUAUCAAAGCAUCACGAAGCCAAGGGUGAGCGAACUGGCAGGAGAUGCGGCACUUGGCAGUACCAGUUACCAUCACCUCCGGCCAGACGUUGACACGAUCAGUGUUAACAGCUAUGAAUCGUUUGAAAACUACGAAUCGAUCGAACACCACCACGCUGGUAGUGGCAGGGACCCAGCGAAGGAUGAUGCUGGUCGCGAAGAGGACACGUACGAGAUUUGUAGUCCAUUGCCACCGGAUCUACCACCGGCCCGGGAUGAGCACGCCCGGGGAAAUGAUCUGACACUGCCCCAACCAAAGCGCAUCCUAUCGUCCUCACCAAAGACACUGCCGAAGCACCUACAGAUGACUUACCAGUCCAACUAUGAGCGGAUCAAGUACAGCAAGAUACCACCACGGCCACCGAAACCGGAUGACGUGCCGCUACCACCGCGCAACCACACCACCAGUACACCGUGCACUACACCGACCAGCGUGAUCGAUCGUACCGAUGCGCUCUUCAGUAGCAUUAGUGAGAGCCCCUUCUCGACUCCGGGUCCGGAGACCGAUUUGCUGGACAAAUCACCCCACGGACAGCGGGAGCAGAUCUACGAGGAGAACAUCUAUGAUACGAUCCGCAGCGCCGACGAUAUGCUGGAUUACGACGAUCCAGCCGGUAGCGCUGAGGGAGGUGUCGGUGUGCCGAGUGACGAUCAGAGCGAACUACAAGAGCCGGACAUCGGCCAACCGGUCAAGCAGCACCGGCAUCGAAUGGUAACAUCACAACAGCAGCAACGGCAACAAGAGUCCCCACCCGGGGACACCGUGUCGUUGGUGUCCUCCAACUGUUACGAAUCGAUCGGUUCCCGGCUCGACUACGUUCGGAGUGCUGCGAUGAAGCGUGCGAUCGCCGGUGGUUCCACGACGACGCUCGCCUCCGACCAGAUCACCAACAGUCUGUACGGUACGACGGCGGGUCUGUCGAGCUUAACACCACCAAGUGAACGUGGUAGUGACACAAGCAAUAGCGCCGAUUGGACCGACAUCUCAUCGGAUGAGGAGUACGUCGGUGGUGGUGGCGCAGUCGAUGAAGCGAUGCGAUCCAACGAUGGAACGGCGAUGGCUACUGGUGCCACGGCGACGGUCAGUUCCAAGCGCCCGAACUUUAUCGUGGUACGCGAGCGCAAACGGAUCCACCAUACACCGUUAAGGUCGCGCAAAGUGGCGCGAAUCCCGCACCCCAAGAUAGACGACGAUUCCGACCAUCACUAUGAAUCACUGUACUCGAUCGGAUCGAACGAUCGAUUUGGCCGGAAGGGCAGCGAACGCGAGUCAUCCGCCAGGAUGGCUCCCGGCCUGUCCACUACAGAGAACGUCGCUGAGACCACUGGAAGCUUCCAGCAACAUCGUGGCCCGUCCGGGCACGAGCCCACGCUGCCACUGAAUGAUGAUGAGUUCGAUUCGUUCGAUAGCGACGACAGUGAGGAGGAUGGCGAUGAGGAAGAGGAAGAUGAGCGAAACCGGAACCGCACCGACAGUGGUGUGGACAUCCGGAAUGCAAAGCUACCAGAUCCACCGCCCUCGAACAACCAAGUGUACGUGCUAGUCCAGAAGAUCAAAAACCUCGGUACGCUGUCCAAGUCCGAGAUCGCCAAGGGCUUCAAUAAGUUUUCCAAAAAGAACAAACCCGGUAAGGGAGGCGGCGGUAGUACAGCGACCGGUGGCGGUGGCCCUGUGGGUGAUGCUAGUGCCACCUACGAGAACGCCAUUCUGCCACCGAAACCCACGAAAGCCAGCCAAAGCAAGCAGUCGCAGCAGUCGUCCAAGUCUUCCUUUCGUCUAGCGCUCCCUUUAGGCGGAACCGAGCGGGCUCCAAAACCACCGCCCGAAGAUUACGUCAAUACCGCAUUCCCAACAACGGUGGCAGCUCCUCCUGUCAGCAGUGGUGUGCCCCCCACGCUAUCCUCAUCGCUAUCGGUAUCUUCCUCAUUAUGUUCGCCCAACUCGUCAGGUAGUGUGAUGACACAUUCCGCCAGUGCACUACUGCUUCAACCUCCUGCACCUUCAGCAACCUCCGGAGGUUUCCGGAGUACCAGCGAAUCCAGCAACGUCAGCAGCAGUGUUCCGGUUGAUCAGGCGACACGCAAAAAAUCCAAAAGUACCAAAUCGUUGCGCUCGAAGUUGCGCAAAAGUCUCGUUGCCGAUUCGACGUCCCUUAACAUUGGCAGCUCGUUCAAUGGAUCCCGAAGUACGUUCUACGUGACGACCUGUGGGGCGGCCGAUGUGGACUCGGGCAUUUUCAACGGUCUACAUAGCUCGUCCGGAACACUCGCUCCCAUCAGCACCAGCACCACGGUUUCGCCUUCCUCUCCAUCACCAUCAUCGGUGGAUGAUCGACGGAAGUCGAUCGCCGGGACUGGUACCACAGCUGGUGGUGGUGGCCCAACGAUACGACCAACCAUUCCACCACCACCACCUCCAUCGACCGGUGGCGAUGGUAAUCGGCGCAGUUCCGGCCUCUCGACGGUCUCGGGUGCGGCCAGCACCAAGUCAACGCGUAAGCUCGGUGCCACCUCCUGGUAUGCCGAGUGUGGUGUCUUUAUGCAAUCCAACGUCGCGACCGCACGGUCACCGUCACUGUUGAAGGACGACGCUAGUGCAGGUGGGGGAGCCUCACCGGUAGAUCACCGUGGACCAGCAGCCGGGUCGGCUUCGUGGUACGCCGAGAUUUAUCAAACGAGCGGAUCAUCGGUGGCCAGUUCGAGCGAAAGCUCCGGUGUUUCGACGGGUGGUGAGGGAGGUCCCGGUGAUGACCAUUCUCAUUCGAUGUUCGUCAACGAACCGCUGUACCAGAUCUACAAUGCGGCUAAGCUGGAAUCGAUUACACGCGACAUCGAUGCCGAGAUCAGUGGUCAAACGGAGGCCGAACUGUAUGAUGAUGGGUACGAGAAGAUAUCGGAUCGUGGCCAGGCGGACGAGGAUGCGGGACACGUUGGUGGAGGAUCCGGUGGUAGCUCAAUCUACGGAGACGACCACCGGACCAUCUCUGACCACACUUUCCGCAAACCAUCUCGCCCGACCGCACUCGAGCUGAUUGAACCACACGUUGGCAAGCUGCGAACGCUCUGGUGCGAGAUACCGGAAGUGCGCAACUCGGAAAUACUUGCCACACUGACACCGACGGAGAAGCGGCUGCAGGAGGCCAAGUUCGAGAUACUUACCUCGGAAGCAUCGUACCUGAAGUCACUGAAUCUACUGCGGACGCACUUCGUCAACCAUCCGGCGUUCCGGGACGUGCGCAUACUCAGUUCGUCCGAGCGCAAGACGCUCUUCUCCUCCAUCAUCCCGGUGCAGGAGUGCUCGGAUCGGUUGCUAUGCGAUCUCGAGAACUGCUGGCAGGAUAAUAUCAUGCUGCUCGGGCUAAGCCACAGCAUCUACAAGCACGCCGAGAAGCACUUCCACGUGUACGUCUCGUACUGUGAGCAUCAGGCCAAGAUCGACCGGACGCUCAAGGCACUGCGAGCCAAUAAGCCCGAGUUUGCGAAGACGCUUACCGUGCUCGAGUCCGAUCCGGUGUGCUGCAGCCUUAGCCUUUCCUCGUUCCUGAUGCUACCGAUGCAGCGCAUCACCCGGAUGCGGCUACUGCUCGAUGCCGUUCUGCAGCGCUGCCGGUCGGAUGAUGAUGAGUUCGAUAGCUGGGAGAAAACGUUCGUCCUGAUUAACCGUAUCCUGACUCGGUGCAACGAUGCCGCACACCGGAGCGAACAGUUGUACGAGAUGGAACGGUUAUCGCGCCAGAUCGAGUUUCCAACGCACAUCCGACCGCUACCGAUCGUACCGUGCGGUAUUGGGGCGGCACCGAGCAGUAUGCACCGCAGCCUGGAGAAACGGGGUGAACUGGUGCACCUGCUGUGGCGUGGCGAUGAUGCCAAGCUGACGUUCGGCAAGAAGUUCUCCAAAAGCAACGUGUACGCGUUCCUGUUCACCGAUCUGCUCGUGCUGACCAAGAAGAAAAGCGAUGAAAGCUACCUGGUGGUCGACUACUGUCAACGGGCACUGCUCGCGGUGAGCUCGGGAGACGUCGUGCCAGGAUUACCGGCCAAGGAGAUGCAGGCCCUAGGCAAGAACCUCAUCAUCAUGACGUUGCUGGAGAACCACGAGGGCAAAACGAUCGAAAUGAUUCUAAGCUGCCCCACGGAGACGGAACGCGAACGGUGGCUGAUGGUGGCGGAACCGCCGGCUUCGGAAAACCCCGACGAGAAAAUCUACGAACAGUGGGACUGUCCGCAGGUGAUAGCGGUUCAUCCGUACCGGGCCCUCCAACCAGACGAGCUCGAUCUCGACAUCAAGGAUGUGGUGAACGUGCAUCGCAAAAUGGCCGACGGUUGGUACGAGGGUGAGCGCAUCCGGGAUGGUGCCGUCGGUUGGUUCCCGAGCAACUACACCAAGGAAAUCCCGUCGGCGCACAUUCGGGCAAAGCACAUCAAGCAGCGGCACAUGCUGCUGACCUACACCUCGAAGUACAUCGAUACGGCCAGCAAAGGCCAAUCGCAGCACCAGCAGCAGCAACAGCAGCACUAUUAUCACCAUCACCAGCACCAUAGUCAUCCCCUGAAUGCUCAUCAGCAUGUGCAGAGUCAGGGCAAAAAGUGAUCGCUACAGUAGUACUGGGUUCCUAUCUCAGCAACACUGUUUUGAAUAGUACUAGUAAUAGUAGAAGUAGCAAUAACAGUACUAGUAUCAACGAGGCAGCAUUUUACUGAACACCGGUAUAGCGAUAAGGAAAAGGCAGAAGAUGUUUAGUAGACGGGAGUGAAUCAGCAGAGUAAUAGUAGCGUUAAGUAAGGUGCGUGCAAAUAGAGGUACGGUAGCCUUACCACUAGUUAGGCAGUUGCAUGUUUAAGUUUCCCAUCCCAUAAGUAGGUUUUGAAUUCCAAAUAAUGCCAAGUUUUGUUCUAUUUCAUUGUUAUUUGAAUUGAAGUAAAGUUGAAAAUUGAAUUAC